CGGAAAAGCAAGCUCGGCGAGGAAGACACGUCGUAAAAACUGCCAACUGAUUUUGCAUAGGCCACAACGCGUCGUACGCAGGGGCCAAGAGGCUGCGAGAAAGAUCAACAAUUGUGUGGUUACAACAAAGGUGAGGAAAAGAAGGAAAAAGAAAAAUAAGAAUCAGAAAAACAAGUAAUCAAACGAUUUGCAAUCAGCAGCAAUUUAAAGCAUUUAGACAGGUAGACUACGAGCGACGAAAGAUCCUAAAUUCGAUCAAACACAAAAAAGAGAAACGUACAAAACCAAAACUACAAUAAUGGCAACUAAAACUGUUAUAAACACGAGUGCGACACCAGCGCGUGGCAUCUCAAUUGUAAUUGACCAAGACCAAGCAACAAAGCGACAACAACAAGAACAACAACAGCAGCAGCAGCAGCAGCAGCACCGGCCACUCAUCGUCAAUUGUCAACAAGAAACGUUAAGGCCGUCACAGAAAGCGGAAAAUGGCAAGAUCACAAUCUAUCAGAAUACAAGUACAACAACUACAACACAAAUGGCACCAACACCAUCGACGGCAAUAACUAGAACAGUGGUCACAAAAUUGCAGCCACAGCAAAGUAAAUUGGUGGCAACAACAAAAGAAACUACAAUGCGAAUUGGUGUUAACGAUGAUAAUAAUUACCUGAAUGAUGAUGAACGUACAAAUAGCAAUGAUACUGUCACUCAUUACGAACGCGCCAAUGAUGAGCGCAUGCAACGUCGUUUGUUUACCAUACAAAGUGGUGAGUACGUCAACGAUCAGAAAACUAGUUAUUCCACAAUCAAGCAAACAAUAACAACAUCUACAGCAGUUCCAAAUUUUCCACAACUGCUAUUGAAAGUGGCGAGUGAGAGAGGAAAAGCCAAUAAUGGACAGAGCAAUCGUGGCGGCGCCAACUCCGAAGAAAUGCGCAAAACGGAUGGAAACGAAGAUAGUUCAGUUGGCGCUAGAAUUACUGUUGGAAAAUCGCAAGUAAAUAGAAAUGUUGCCGAGGCAGAGGCCGAGUCUGCAGGUGUUGCGAGCAUAAAUGACCAAAAUAGAAAGAGCGCCGCGACAAGCUCGUCUGCGACUAUGGCAAAUACGAAAACAACAAUAAAAACGACCAUAAAUGGUCAAACCAGCCAGCGCGGCCCAAUGAUCAUACAGUGCAAUGGUGAUGAUGAACAUCAUCACGGCAAGAGCGUAGAGCAUAAUGAAGAUGCACAUAAGCGAGCAAAUAAUAAUAUUGAUCAUAAUCAUGUUGGAUCACUUGUUGUGGCUGCGGCUGCGACUGCGACUGCGACUGCGUCUACGAAUGUGGCUUCUAAUAUAUAUCACGACGAAAGUUGUGUGACUAGUGUUGUUGGAAAUGGUCAAAACGCGUUUGAACGUAUUUGUCCGAAUGGCUUUGGCGGUAGCGAACGCGAUCACCAUGAAGCUGGCAGUGGUCUGCGCAAUGCAGAUGUCCAACAGCAGCUGGAAAGCACAGACGUGAACGCGAAGUCGAAUGCGAUCGCCGCGAAUAGUUCAAUCACGGCAACGAAAGCAGAUUGUGCAAGUGCACUCACCGAAACAGAAACAGAAACAGAUACUCUGCGCAGACGCAAUACUGAUCAAACAAAUGCGGAUUCUACGCAAUUGCAUGUGCUGAAGAUACAAAUUAAACCAGAAAAAGUGAAUAAACAUAACAAAAACCAGGUGACAGUGGUGACCCUUAACGAGGCACAAGUCCCACAAGAACAAAAUCCCACAAAAAUAAGUCAAUCUAAAGAAUUAACACAUAAAAUUCCAGUGCACAUAACAGAAACUAUUGAAGAGAAAAAUUGUGCGCGUCCACUAACAACGACGGGUGAAAGUGCGAACGAUCUACAUUCGAGAAACGACGAGAAAAUGGUGCAAAAGCCAAUUACAUCGAUGUCGUUAACGGCAACGCCAUUGGCAACCACAUUGACAUCGACGACAAUUCUGAAUUCGGGCGCGGUAACCGUGUCGGGCGGGAAUGCAAAUGCAAGCGCAAACGCAAAUGCAAACUUGAAUUCGAAUGCAGGCGCAAUGGCUAACGGUAAAUAUAACGGUAAUGGCAAUAGUAACGGACACGCUAGUAGCAACGCGAUCACCUCGGGCAAUACAACCGUCACCGAACUAAAUGUGUCACAUCCUUCGUACUUGUACUAUGUUAUGUCGAGCGGCCAGUUUUCGCCUUGCGAUACUUUAGACAGUGGCACUGGCAGUGAUCUGGAGAGCAAUGGCAAUCUAACACCUGGAACACCGUCACCGCAGAGCAAACUGCAGAGUACACUUGAGAAAUUAAACGCAGCGGCUAACUGCUCUUCACAGAAGGGUUUAGAUGGCACUGCACCCAAAAUGGAAUUACAUCUGAAGGCCACCAAAAUUCGCUUAAAUGGCAGCGUUAAGAAGUCGGCGCUGGACUCGUCCAACUCCGUUAACAGCAAAUCGCAUACAAAUGGUGAUCAUGCACGCGCUGGCAGUUUCACGGAUAGCGAGGAAAGCGAAUCGUCUUCCCUCAGCUGUGAUUCGCUUCACUCCACCGAAUUCAUACGCCAGUCUUCCGUUUCGCCAACAACUCAGAAAGCCUGCGGCAAUGCCGCAACAGCCGCGCGUGUCAAAAUGUUGGGCGCCUUUCUGCCAGAUUCUUUGUUGCGCGAUAUACGCGAUCGAAAAUUUCCUACAAAUGAUUUUGAGGCGAAAUAUGGCGAUGGUGGUAGUAGUGGUAGUGGUGGUGGUGGUGGCGGUGGUAGUGCAGGCAGCGCUGAUGGCGGCAGUGAUGUCGAUGCGGAUGCACAUACAACUACUUUGCCAAAUGCGCUCAACGAACCGGACUAUAUUAAUAUUGAACAUGUGAAAUUCUUAAAGGAACGCAAUAGCAACAAUAUUGGCAUUAACAAUACGCACCAUAAUAAACGCGCUUCGCUGCCAAAUAAAACAUUCAUUUUAAACGCGGAAAACGGUACAUUCGUCGAUACAAAAAUGAACUCGAUGCCGCGCAAAUACGAAGCAGAUAAAUAUUACGAUUUCCAUGUGAAGGAGCAUGAAAAUUUCCGUAGUUUCGAUAUUGGUGCUGCAGCCAAUCUUGGGGGUGAUGAUUUGGAAAGUCUUUCCGAAUACGAAACAAAAAGCUUGCACGACGAUGCCUUCGCGGGCUAUAAGGAUAUACGUUGCGGUUCGGCCACAUCGACAAUACGCUCGUCGAAGGGAACGGUGCGCGGCGUCAAGAAUCGUGUGCGCAAUGGAAUAGCCACAUUCUUGCAACUACAGCAAUCAAAUGUGAAG